GAAUGUAUAGUAAUUCCAGAAAAUUUACCAUACUAAUAGUAUUAUAGCAUAAGCAUGUUUAAUUUUGAAGUUCUUACAGUAUCCGAAGUGUUAGGCUGGACAAACAAGUCUGAUUUUAUACAGAACUUGGUCUCCAAAGCUAGCUCUGUUAUGGUUUAACAGCUAGUGGUACUUUCGGGUUGGUGAGUGAGGCUCGAGUUCAUCUUUUGGAUCAGUUAAAGGCAAGCCCUCCAUGCCACCUGCAAUUCGUAACUAACCUUAUAAGCAAUUUAUUUGCAUUUGAAGAAUUGGAAGCUAACUUUUGGUUCAUCAGAAUAUUCAUCAUUCAUGUCUUCUUAAAUUUCAACUGUUUUACCAUGAUCAUUAACUACCUUUGCCGCUUAAAAUCGAGCUUGAAGGCCCUGCAAUUGGGUUCCUUUCGUUCACGUAUUUCAACCAUUAAUACUGUUUCCAUAUCAAAGGAAGAAACUGUCAUAUCCUUUUUGAAGAACUGCUCUUGUAUGAAAGAUUUGAAGCAAAUUCAUGCCCGUAUAAUCCAACUUGGCUUUGAGCAGAGCCGUUUUGUUGUGGGCAAGGUCAUUGUGUUUUGUGCUGCUGCAGAGCAUGGAGAUAUGAACUAUGCUGUUUCAGUUUUUGAAAAGAUUGGUGACCCGGAUGCUUUUAUUUUUAAUACGAUGAUUAGGGGUUUUGGCAAGGCUAAUGACCCUCGAAAAGCUUUUGAUUACUAUAAAAGAAUGCAAGAGAGAGGUUUAGUGUCAGACAGCUUCACUUUCUCAUUCUUGCUAAAGGUUUGUGGCCAGUUAGGGUUGGUUUUGUUAGGGAGACUAAUCCAUUGCAGCACAUUGAAACGUGGGCUUAAUUCACAUGUCUUUGUUAGGAACACCCUUGUUCAUAUGUAUGGCACGUUUAAGGAUAUAGAAGCAUCCCGCCAACUGUUUGAAGAAAUUCCCAACCCAGAAUUAGUGGCAUGGAAUAUUAUAAUUGAUUGUCAUGUCUCUUGCGGUAAGUUCAAUGAAGCACUUGACAUGUUCUCAAGGAUGUUGAAAUUCGGCAUAGAGCCUGACGAGGCCACAUUCGUUGUGAUCCUCUCCGCGUGUUCUGCAUUGGGUGCGUUAGAUUUUGGGAGAUGGGUUCAUUCUUGUAUUAGCAAUACUGGUCAUGGGUGUAUUACAGAGGUUAAUAAUUCACUCCUUGAUAUGUAUGCGAAGUGUGGAGCACUUGAAGAAGCGUUUGAGAUAUUCAAUGGGAUGAACAAGAAGAAUACAGUAACAUGGAAUACGAUGAUUUUUGGACUAGCAAGUCAUGGCUAUGCAAAUGAGGCAUUGGUUCUCUUUUCCAAUAUGCUAGAACAAAAGCUCUGGGCACCAGAUGAUAUUACUUUCUUGGUGGUUUUGUCUGCUUGCAGCCAUGGAGGGAUGGUUGAUAAAGGAUGGAGAUUUUUUGAUAUUAUGAAGAAAGAGUACCAUAUCCAACCAACAAUAAAGCACUAUGGGUGCAUGGUGGAUAUUUUGGGUCGAGCUGGUUUCGUUGAGGAGGCUUAUCGAUUAAUAAGUAAUAUGCCAAUGCAGUGCAAUGCUAUUGUGUGGAGAACAUUGUUGGCUGCUUGUAGGUUGCACGGAAAUGUUGAACUCGGGAAGCAGGUUAGGAAACAACUUUUGGAAUUGGAACCAGAUCACAGCAGUGACUACGUUCUUCUUGCAAACACGUAUGCUAGUGCAGGACGGUGGAAUGAAGCUAUGAGAGUGAGAAAAACAAUGCACAAGAGGGGAGUUCAGAAACCUGAACCUGGUAAUAGCGUUCUGGGCAGGCAUCCCAGUUUGAGGUCAGAUGAGCCUCUCUUAAGUUUCUUGUGAAGCAUCACUUACUGUUAUGCAGCUUAAGUCUGUUCAACCGAGUACUUGAUUCUGUCAGAUACUAUUCAGCUAAUUGCACUGUUGAUGCUCUUGCUAAAUAGUUCAUAUAAGUGAAAACAAUGUAGCCUUGGUUGAGCUCCUGAGUUCUGCUGGGAGGAUGUGGACGUCUGGUGGUAAAUUGUUGCUUUAUAUGAACCUGGUGGUGUCUUCUCAACCACCCAUUGUGUAAGAAAAUCUCUGUUAGACAUCUUUGCUUUGCUGGUAACCUCAUGAUGCUCUGAAGGUUCAAUUGAAGCUCUGUUAAUUCCACCAUGCAAUAAUUUUAUUCUCUCUCAGUCCCCAAAUCUACUGGUUUAUAAUGGGAAGGUUACCAGACAAGUAUUUCGAAGAUCCUCUUCUCUGUAAAUUGAGUCAUGAUGAUUCUAAAGCCCUCAUUGAUUAGAUCACCAACAGAUUGCAGUAGUAGGCAUUUAAAUUAUUAUCUUUUGCCAGAAGAUUACAGUUUGUUACCUGCCAUUUUCAUUAUUCAAAACUACUGGCCUGUUAAGUUCAUUCUUCCUGCUUUUUUUAUCAUAUCUAUUGAGCAAAAGUUCAAUGCGUUUUUUUGGAACUGAAGAGAUGACACUGCUAAGGGGGCAAAAGUUGUUUAGGACAGUAUUCUUGGUGUCAUAAAAAUGAAGAGGGCAACAUUCCAUGCUUCAUGAGGAAUUUGGAACAUAAUCUUGUUGGCAGGUUCUCGUUGGGUGGCUUGGUGUUGUGCACAUCUCUUAACAGGCAGAAGCUUUUGGUGCUUAUCAGCUCCUUGGAGAAGCUUGUUGAACUCAGAGUCUGAUUUGGGAUCAAACAGUGGACCCAGUGGUAAUGGAGAGAAUGUUUACCCUGUAAGACUAAGCUACCAGCUGCGAUUCAAGGUGAGAAGUGGAGCUGGCCAGCAGCUGGAUCUAAUAAACUGGAAGCAGUGCAGAAUGCUUUGUGUAGUUUAGUUCAUCCUCAACCUUUGAUGAUGGAUUGUGUUUCCUGGAAUCUUGGCUCCGAUGGACAAUUUUCUGCAAGAAGUGCUUGGCAGUUUGUUUGAAUGAAGAAGAGCAGGCUGGUAUAAACUGUUGCGGGGUUCUUUACAUAUUUUCUGGAAACAGUUUUAUCAGUCGGUUUUUUAGCAGAAUAACUGCUAACAGCAAACAAAUUGGAAUGGGGAGAGAUAAUACACUAUAAA